CGAUUCCCACCAUCAGGCUACUUGCCGCUUCGAAUACCCACUGGUGGCGCUACAGUGUUUACUCAACACGAACUUGGCCUUUUUUUGAUCUUAUCGCUUUUCUUUCCAUAACAGCCAGCUCUUAAUGUUUGAUUAAUCCUACCGCGCACUAAAGAAUGAUUAGCACCAGUAUGAUCGAUCAUUCGGAUCAGGUUUUAGUAUGUCUGGGAGAAUUGUGCACAUCGGUUGAUUAUUCCGAUGUAACAUUCCUGGUACAGAACGAGCAGAUUCCAGCGCAUCGUGCAAUUUUAGCAGCUCGGUCCGAGUACUUCCGGGCACUACUGUACGGUGGGCUGAAGGAGAGCAACCAGAGCAAAAUAACGCUUGAUGUCUCUUCGACCGCUUUCAAGCAGCUGCUCCGGUACAUCUACACCGGCUCCUCGGAGUUGAAGGACAUGGAGGUGGACGAGAUACUGACCUUGCUUGGAUUAGCCCACCAAUAUGGCAUCACUGCCUUCGUGAAAGCCAUCUCAGACCACCUGUACGGCGUGUUGACCGUGGCCAACGUGUGUACCAUUGCAGACGAGGCCCGUCUGCUCGAUCUGGUGGAAUUGUCGGAUAAAUGUUACGAAAUUAUUGAUCGAAAUGCGUGCAGCGUAAUCAAACACGAUUCUCUGAGCAAUCUGUCGUUCGACACGCUUGUCAUGGUGCUCGGUCGUGAAAGGUUCAAGCGCAUCGAAGAGAUCGAAAUUUUCCAAGCCGUUCACAAAUGGUGCCAGAAUAACGAUGUAGCGGAAGAAAAGAAAACAUAUCUAUAUGGGAGAGUACGAUAUACAGCGAUAUCUCGAAACAAUCUACUGCAAAUAGUGCGACCUGCCGGUGUUGUUAAUACCGAACAUCUGCUGAACAUAAUUUCCAUCCAGGAUGGAAUCGAUCUACAUCGCUAUCAACCACCACCAGGCAAAACAACGAAUAAAGAUGUGGCUGCUAACGCCAGGGUGACGUGGAUUAUGGCUGGACAAGGUCAUCGAGCAUACUUUGACCUACGAAAACCAUACUUAAUCAAUUACGUUCAUCUUACUCUGGUCUCCAACGAAAAACUUUAUAAACCAGUAUCAUCGCCUUACCGGCCGGUGGCAGGGCAGGAACGUUUGUCGGUGUCACCCGAUGGCGCAUCAUGGUCAACCGUUUUUGUAGGGACAAGCAGUACCUCUCUUUUUACGCUCAAUACAAGCAUUAAGUUCCCUAUCUAUCAAGUACGUUACAUCCGUUUUGAGACACCAUUAUACACACCGCACUCAGGCAUUUCUCUUUCGGCCAUGUUAAACCAAUCAAACUAAAGGAAUGAGAUUUGCCUCGUUAAGAAUGAUGUAAUAUUUCUAUUUUAAAAUUAUCUGAAGGUUUUGUUCAUCUUUAUUUAAUAGAAUUUCUAUGGGUUCCUUAGCGGCAAAGACAACUCAAAACCAGUUAGAACUUCUUCUUAUUCUUCUUCUUCUUCUUUGGCUCAACAACCGAUGUCGGUCAAGGCCUGCCUGUACCCACUUGUGGGCUUGGCUUU